AUGAGAGACAUUACAAACACCCCUCGUCUUAAUCAAAGUAAUCGAAUGCCUAAUAUCAUUGAUGAUUUCAACCAUCUGUCAAAAGAAAAUAAACAAAAUAAAUAUACGUUCACCAAUCUACCUAAAGCCAUCUACACUAAUGACACGGUCAUUGUGCCUGCUGCCGCCACUGCCGACACUGCCGAUGCUAGAGUAGACGAAAACAAUGCACUUUCUGGGAUCUUGAAAGAGAGCAGAAAUGCUCUUGAUCAAGUAAAGAUACAAAUACCAUCCUCUUCAAUCAGCCUUUCUUCAAAUACAAAGAGUAUUUUGGACAAUGCAUUAACGUAUAAUCUGAAGAACUCAAAUCUUGGUGACAAAGAAAACAUCAUUAAUAUAACCAGUGAUAGAAAUAAGAAGCGGAUCUUAUCCGAAGAAGCAAAUGUAGAUCCUGUUGAUGUGAAGUUACAAUCAACUCCACGAAGAAAACAACAGCAACAGUUAAAGGAACAAAUACAGCAAAAUGACAAACUACCUAGUGGUGAAGAACAAUCCACUGAUGACUCCGAAGACAAGCUAGCCUGUCAUGCCAAUAGAAUCCUUCAAAUGGCUGUUGAUUCCACAAUGCUAAGUUCUUUCAAUUCAACAUCACUACCACAUAUAACCCUUUACUACAGUGAUGAGGAGGAUGAAGGAUAUAUGCAUGAAAUUGAAAAUGAAAAUGACGAUAGUAUUUGCGGAAAGAACGGUGCUCGACGUAAAAAGAGAGCCGAGGGACUAAAAAGAAUUGAAAUCAAUGAAGAUGAUUUGAAAGCUGCAAUCAGUGGCUAA